UCCUCUCAGAGCAGCAGUGCUCUGAGCUUGUCGCCUGAUAUCAUAUAGAUUUGAUGCCUCCACAUGGAUAGAAAUUUCCUCCUUUUUCUAACUUGGCAGCUGGAUGUUCUUUUCACUUUGGAUUUAUGGCUAAAAGUAAACAGCAUCUAAAACAAACUCCUUGUUUUUUCUCUCUCUCUUUCCAGUCAGAGAAACAGAUUUUUUGGGCAUAUUCCCAUUCCUACCACCACCUUUUCUUGCAUCUUAUUCCUCCACACCCACCAGCGCCUGACAGCUCUUAUUAUGGGGUGCGGACUGAGAAAACUAGAAGACCCCGAUGAUAGCAGCCCUGGAAAAAUAUUUUCAACCCUAAAGAGACCACAAGUGGAAACAAAGGCCGACUCUGCCUAUGAGUACGUACUGCUCGAUUUUACAUUAGAAGGUUCCUCAAAUCCAGAUGUUAUCAAGAUCAGCUCUAUUUUGGAUAUUGCAAAAAAGGUGGAGGAGUAUUACACUAAAGGCUAUGUGGUGGGGGCUAUUCACCCUGUUUUACUGUCAGUUGGACGAAGGAGGCAUUUUCCAGCGAGUCAUAUGUAUCGAGUCGUACUGUCGCGUCUCAAACUCAACCAGAAGCAUCCACAAUCCAGAGGACAAAGAUGCCCCAGGCUUGUGAUUGAGGAGUGUCCCUUAACAUAUGAAAAACUAACAAAUGAGGUAGUAAAAGGAUUGCUAGAAAAGAUCAACGAUGCUGCAAAAAGAGGCAUGAAGUUUGUUGGGCUUAUAACACAGCCUUGUCCUCAGUCUAAAAUAUGCAAUGGCACAAACAUGGAUGAAAAGGUAGAUUCUGAUUCAGCGCUGUGCAAAAGGAGCAGAGAACAGAAGAGGCACAGUUCGGAUGAAAAUGUUAAAACCUCAAAUGAAGGUACACUGAGUGGCCAGUCUUCUGAGAGUGGAAUAGAGGAAGAAAUUCACCCAGAAGGUGGGCAGUUACAAGAUACUGAUUUUCAAGAUGGAAGAGAAGGCAGUCCAGGCCCAACAAAAUUAAGGAAAGAAGAAGAUGACAAAUUAUAUACAGUCUUCAACGUUUUUGAAGAUGAUUCUACCUGUUGGACCUAUCAUGAUGGGGGUUUGUCUCUAAAGGUUUCAAGGAAAGGAGCUGUGAUCAAUACUUUAGAUGCUGAUUGGCUAGAAUUAACCUCAUUUUACUAUAAGCAAGGGUUGGCAUUGAUUGACUCCUUCAUAUGCUGGGAAGCUUCUAAAUCUGAUUACAUGCCCAAAUCAUUAGAAGGCGUAUUUAUAUAUGAAGAAGAAGGUUCAGGAGUCCCUGGUUCAAACAGGAAAGGAAAUGAUGCAAUUGUUGUAGAACAAUGGACUGUCAUUGAGGGCAGUGAAAUCAAAACAGAUUAUGGUCCUUUACUGCACACAUUGGCUGAAUUUGGCUGGCUGUUAACAUGCGUACUUCCUACUCCAAUCAUCCGACUGGACAGUGAAGGCAAUCUGGCCACUAAACAAGUGGUUUUCCUUCAGAGGCCUGUCAUGUGGAAUCCAGCUACUCAGACACCUGAGAAGAAAAACACCAGGCAAGUCAGAGGAGAAAAAGGCAAAGUUUCAAGCAGAAGUGUUGGAUUAGACACUACUACUUCCACACCUGCACAAAACACACACCCCACAGAUGAGUUUCUUCUGUCAUCACCUACACAAUGCUGGGCUAAGGAUGAAUCUGCCCAAUAUGGAAGCUUCCAUGGAUUCAGCAGAAGUGAUGGCAUGUUAAGGGAACUGGAUGAUGGACAGUUUGACCAAGAAGAUGGAGUCACUCAGGUCACUUGUAUGUGAUCAGAAACUUGAUUAGAGGGACUUGUAUAUAUUUCAGUGACAUGUAAAAAUAGAAUUUACAUUUUUAUAUACAUUGGCAGUUUAUGAAAACCUUGUACUUCUAUUUCGCUCUAAAUUUGUGCCCAUAGAAGACUCCAUUUGUGUAGUGUGUAAUGAAGGGUUCAGUUUGAAUUAGUCUACUUUAUUGCUCCUAGAACAGUACUAUAAGCCACUGAUAAUGAUUUCAGCAAGCAUCUUUGACAAAUGGACAAGAAAUAACUGCAGAUGGGUACUGGCUUCUUCUCCCCUGAAAAAACAUACCACUUUCUCCAGAGUGUUGAAAUAAAAUACAGUAAUAUUUUUUGUAAAAACAGGCUUUUUUAGAUUUCAUAAAAUUUAAAAAUAAAGCUGUACCUAAAGAUCUUGUGUCCUUUUCAAGUUUCUGGUUUAACCUCACACUGUGUUUGACUCCGGCACUCAAUAAUAUAAAAUUCAUACAUAAAAGUCAUUGGAGUGGUGCUAUGAGACUGUUAGGCAAUACACUCUCUGUGUCUAAAGAUCAUGACCACAUUUUAGCCUGACACCUUCAUUCACUUUUCAUGAGUCAUGUGAACUUGUCUUAUACUUCAGGCUAAUCAAGAUGACAACUAUAAACUUGUAUCUAUUGCACAGUAAA